CAUAUGUUUUCCUCACAUCAACCUUUCUCUCUUCUCUCGUUUUUCAUCCCAAGAAAUGGUGCUGUUUGGUAAACUUAUUACUGAACUUGGGAUCAAAACACCUGCUAACAAGUUCUUCAAACAAUUUGCAUCAGAACUUCACGAAGUUCAAAACGUUUGUGAAAAAGUUCAUCAUACCAAGCUGCAUGAAGGUGAAGACUGGCAUCACACUGAUACAGUUAAACACUGGACAUUAAUCAUAGAUGGUGAGAUACUAACAUGUCACGAGAGUAUUGAAGAAGUUGAUGAACAAAACAAAAAAAUGAUUUGGAAGAUCUUUGGUGGAGAUAUUGAAAAGCACUAUAAGGCCUUUAAGAUCAUCCUUGAAGUAACUGAUAAGGUUGAUGGUACUGCUGUUACUAAAUGGACGGUUGAAUAUGAGAAAAUCAAUGAGGAAGUUCACCCUCCAAAUGGAUGGAUGGAGUAUCUUAGUAAAUGCACUCGAGAUAUUGAUGUUCAUAUUUCCAAAGCAAGGGUUGCUCUAUAAGUCAUGAAGAGAUGUUGUAUCUUAGCAAAUGGAAGAAAUAAGUAAGCAACUAUAUGAGGUUGGCUUAAGUAAGUGUUCGCCUAUAAAUUAAAUAUGUGUGAUGUUGUAAUGACAUAUUGCUGUGUAUGCAUAUUGAAUUCUGUUGUUCAGGUGUUUUGUAUGUCUUUUUAAGAGUACCUCUUAAACUGUGUGUGAUGCAUAUCAAUAAAAAGGGAAGACUAUUUGUAUUCUUGAA